GUCUAUAAAAUCGACUUCCUUUGCUCUGAUGCUUUCAUUAUUUGCUUCAUACCCACUUACACAAAGUGAUCAAACCCUUUGCCCUAGUGACUGUAACGAUCGCAGUCAAUACCUCGACGGAAGCGUCCAGAAGUAUCUUCUCUGCUGGAAAGUUGAUUGGACUAACAAUUCGAUCACAUUUUCGGCGCGAGUUGCUACUACGGGAUGGAUUGGUUUGGGAUUCUCACCAACAGGAUUUAUGACAAACUCCGAUGUCGUCAUCGGUUGGGUAAAGAGCGGGAAAGCCUAUCUAACAGAUAGAUUUGCUACCAGCAGGGCUCUGCCUCAAGUCGACAAGACUCAGAAUGUAGAGCUUUUGGAGGCGUACGAAUCCAACAAGACGACGGUCAUAAAAUUUAGAAGAAAUCUGGCUGCUUGCGAACCCAAAGACCACAGUAUCGAGCAAGGUACUACUCGCGUCAUAUUUGCUUAUCACAUGGACGACCCACAAUCUGAAACAUCCGUUCCAAAGCACAAAGUCUCUGGUCGAGUGAGCGUGAAUCUACUAAGCGGCACAGGAAACCUGAAGCCUGCAGCUCUUGAAUCAGACCACCACACCAUCGACCUUCUAAAUUCAAACGUGAGCGUCCCGACUAGAGACACUACCUACUGGUGCAGCCCGUUUCAGCUUCCGCUAUUGCAAAACGAGUCUCACAUAAUCAGAUUUGAGCCAGUCGUUCAAGCAAAUCACGAGCAAUUAGUACAUCACAUCUUGCUGUAUCAGUGCACAGACGUAAUACGUCCGUUUCUUGACAUGUCAUGGGAUUGCGACAAUCCGUCAGCCUCCAUACCGAGCGUCGUCAGAGCGUGUCGCAGAUCCUCACAAAUCGCUGCAUGGGCCGUCGGAGGCAAAGGACUCUCAUUUCCAGCAAAUGUGGGAUUGCCUCUUAGUGGUAAUACCGGCGUUCAAUACGUUCUCAUGGAAACUCACUACAACAACGAACGACUAAGCAACAACACUGUUGAUAGCUCUGGAAUUAGGAUUUACUAUACCAACACGAAACGUCAGUACGACGGUGCUGUCGUACAAAUCGGUCAUACUGUCUCGCUCGAUAGAAUUCAUUUGCUGUUGCCACCUGGCAGAGACGACAUAGUGCUCGAAAACGUCUGUCCAGGAGCUUGCACUAGAAAGGGAUUACCGACAGGUGGAAUCAGUGUGUUUGCUACAUUUCUUCAUUCUCACAAUGCUGGGAAAGCAAUAAGAAUUAAGCAUCUUCGAAACAGCACUGAACUUCCGGACCUAGACAGAAAUGAUAACUAUGACUUCAACUUUCAAGACACGGUUUUGCUUGAGAAAGAAGUGAAAAUCCUACCUGGAGACGAUUUGCAAUUGUUUUGCGAAUACCACACAUCGAACCGACAAAGCGUUACUAUCGGAGGAGAGGGAACUCGAGACGAGAUGUGUCUUGGUUUUCUGUUUGUCUACCCCAGACCACAGAUUGGCAAGUGCUUGAGCCAGCUCCCUACAUCUCUUCUGCUCACAUAUCUCAACAAUGCCUCAAAGAAUGGAUGGCUUCCAAUUCCAGACAACAUCAACGCAUCAAAUGAUCAGUUUGCUCAGUACCUUCAACUAGUCAAAGGUGUCGAGAAAAUGGUAUUUCCAAACGCAUCCGCCUACGAUCUGUGGAGCCAAUCGUAUUGGUCUAGUGAGUGGAGAGAAUAUCAAUGCUCCGGAAUCUACGGAAACGGUUUGCUAGGACCUAUUGACGUUUUUAACGUUACUUCGUUGCCCGUCAUAACAAAUCCUCGGACAUCCACUGUGAGCCCUGAAUCGUGCAUUGUCGAUAGACGUUCUUUCGACACUAACCAGCGGCGCCAUCACGACAGAUUACGGAAUCUCAAGUUCAUUCUGGAUUGUUCUCGUGUCGCUAUUGGCAUGCAUUUAGCACAACAGGAUAUUAUGAAAACAUCCAUGCAAACGUAUGUCAGUAUCAACGUUGUAGACGACGGACGUGAUUUGCAUUUAGUGCCUACCUGA